AUGGCAUUCAAGUCCGCUCUCUUGGCCACGCUGGCUACGGCCGGUCUCGUUGCGGCCGACGGUCUCAACACCCGCGCCGUCGCGGCGGGCAAGAAGUACUUCGGCACGGAGAUCAGCACCUACGUCAUGAGCGAUUCUGCCGCCAAUGAGAUCGCCAAGAACAGCGAGGACUUUGGGCAGUACACCUGCGAGAACGAGAUGAAGUUCGACGCGCUGGAGCCGAGCCAGAACACAUUCAAGUACGACGGCGCCGACCAGAUCGUGGCACAGGCCGAGGCCAACGGGCAGAUCAUGCGCUGCCACAAUCUGGUCUGGCACUCGCAGGUGCCCUCGUGGGUGAGCAACGGUGGCUUCGACAACGCCACGCUCAUCGAGAUCAUGCAGAACCACAUCGCCAACGUGGUCGGCCACUACAAGGGCAAGUGCUACGCCUGGGACGUGGUCAACGAGGCUCUGAACGAAGACGGUACAUACCGUAGCUCCGACUCGGUCUGGGGCCGCACCAUCGGCCCGGCUUUCAUCCCCAUGGCCUUUGCCGCGGCUGCCGAGGCCGACCCGGAUGCCAAGCUCUACUACAACGACUACAACUGCGACAAGCCGGGCGCCAAGGCGACCGGUGCGCUUGGCCUCGUCAAGAUGGUGCAGGAGUACGGCGCCCCCAUCCACGGCUUCGGCAUGCAGGGCCACAUGACGGUCGGCCAAGUCGGCGACGCCUCGCAGUACGUUGAGAACAUGCAGGCUUUUACCGCCCUCGGCAUUGAUGUCGCCUACACGGAGCUCGACAUCUCCACCUCGUCCAACGACUUUGAGCAGCAAGCCACCGACUAUGCCACCAUUGUCUCUGCCUGCCAGCAGGUCGAGGCCUGCGUCGGCAUCACCACCUGGGGCUUCACCGACAAGUACACCUGGAUCAACAACGGCGCGCCGCUCAUGUGGGACCAGAGCCUGCAGAAGAAGCCCGCGUACGACGCCAUCCUCAACGGCUGGGGCAGCAGCGCUUAA